AGACAAAUGUGUUUAUUGUAAAUAGAAGGACGGUUGCCAACGGGACAUGUCACGUGACAGAAAAGAUAACAAAAUCAUAUAAAUUCUAGCGCAUUGUCAGCGUCAGUUGAAGGACGGCGGAUUUAAUUUAUACACUGAACAACAAUCAUGGAGUCUGUAUAUCUAUGUAUGUUGCUCUGUGUAAUAUGUGCAGUUGUAAACCUGAACACAGGCGCUGCUGCUUCAUCAGGAGUGAUCGGUUCCAACUGCACGGACACGUCAAAUUGUUCGAGUGCAGGAAAUGCCUCGUGUACAUCAAAUACAUGUCAGUGUGAUACUAGCUUUAAAGACGUGCAAGGGAAAUGCACUCCCAAAAUUAUCGACAAACCUUGUAAUGAUACAACUGAAUCGACUGUAUGCACACUAAAGAACUCCAAGUGCAUUUCAAAAAAGUGUGGUUGUAAAUCAGGUUACAAGAACAAAGAUGACACAUGCUUGAAAAUUCUUGGUACUUCAUGUAGCACAACAUCAGAUUGCAAUGACCCGCCAAAUGCGGAUUGUCUAAAAAGCAAAUGCUCUUGCAAGGCAACUUAUGUUGAGGAAAAUGGAGUUUGUCCCAAAGCGGCCGGUCAAAACUGUUCAACAAUUACGGAUUGUGGUUUAAAUGCUAGCUGUGAUAAAGUUGGAAGUCCUUGCAAAUGUAAAGACGGAUUUGUUGCUUCAAGUGGAUUGUGUGCGAAACCAUCGUCAGCGGUAUCAUCCAAGAUAGCUUUGAGCACCGUAUGUAUACUGAUGAUGUUGAAUGUCAUCUAUAAACUUUUGUAAAGGUACGUGUAAAUACCCCCAAAAACGUUU